AAAUGUUCGACGGCCGCGCAAAGAUACCAACAAGAGGCAGUGAAGGAAUUUUGCAGGCCAGAGUCUCGAUAAUGUACAAUCGGUACAUACCUCCUCUCAACAAGCCGGCAGCCACGGCUUCAUCCUCCGCGCCAUAUGCCCGCUAUGUUCCGGGCCAAGCACAAGACCACAGCUUGGCGAAACCUUCGCAACCGCAACGAAUCGUCUUUGACGAUACCGACUUCCCUCCAACCGACAACAGCAAUAGCAAAAACAAAACAUCACAAGAUGAUGAGUCGACAGAAACACUAGAAACAAAACAGGCCCUGAGAUCAAAGUCUAAAAAGAGCAAGAACCAGGAGCCAAAGUCAAAGAAGCGAAAAAGAGACGAGACAGAACAAAUUGCUUCACCUCAGCGGGACUCUACGCAAAAGGCAGAUGUAGGGGAAAGCAAUCCACGGCCGAGUGCAGAACAAUCUGCGCCGGCUAGCGUCGCUGUGCCCGCUGCAGCGAACUCGUCGGAUGCUGUUGAGGAUAGACCGAAACCGAAGCGGGAGAAAAAGAAAAAGAAAUUAAAAGGUGCAAAUUCAGAGACCAACCCCGAACAGGAUGAGGUGGACAGUAUUCGGAAGAAGCACAAGUCAGUUUUCGAAAAGGUUGAGAGAGCGCUGCAGGCAAAAGCUCCCAAUGGUGUCAACGGGGAAGACAAGACGGACGAGGUCGAGGAGGCGGCUGAACCUCAGGUGGAACACGGACUCGAGCCACUUCCUCAACCAGAGCCGAUUGUCGUUGAUGAGUCCAAGUUGACCUACGAGACAUUGCCUCCCUGGCUGGCAUCACCGAUACGUGUCACCUCCGGCAUACGAAAGGCAUUCACCGAGUUAGGGAUCGCUCCGGAAUCAGCCAAGAUCCUGGAGUCCAGAGGGUUCCAGGAUGCGUUUGCUGUGCAAACCGCUGUACUUCCCCUUUUGUUACCCUCUCCGGACAGGCAAGGCGAUGUAGUUGUCGCCGCUCCCACAGGGUCCGGAAAGACGCUGUCAUAUGUACUCCCGAUGGUGCAUGACAUCAGCAAGGGGCGCAUCACCAGGCUAAGAGCUCUAAUCGUUUUGCCAACAAGAGAUCUCGUCCAGCAGGUGCAGCUCGCAUGUGAGGCAUGCGCCGCGGCCUUUGCAGUCAAUAGGGGUAAGAAGGUCAAAAUUGGUACGGCCAUGGGCAACAGGGUGUUCAAGGAAGAGCAAUCUGCCAUUCUGAGCGAGGAACAGCGUUACGACCCCGACGGCUACAGUAGUUUUCUGCGAAAACAGAACAGGAUUGUGAGCCUUGACGAUUCGGAGGACGAUGAGGAUGACUUGCAAUCUGGCGGCUCCCAACCUCUUCCGUAUCAUAUCAUUACCUACACCUCCAAGAUUGAUAUCCUGAUCUGCACUCCCGGCCGGCUUGUAGAGCACAUCAGCAAGACUCCCGGAUUUACACUUGACUAUGUGCGCUGGCUCGUCGUUGACGAGGCUGACAAGCUGCUGGCCCAAGACUUCCAACAAUGGCUAGACACGGUGAUGAACAAGCUGAGCGUUGCGAAGCCCGGCGCCCGCGAUUUCCCGGGGUCAAACAAAUCUGGAGUCCGUAAGGUCAUUCUCAGUGCGACUAUGACCCGGGACCUGAGCCUGUUGAACGGCCUUAGGUUAUCCAGACCGAAACUGGUUGUCCUCGAGGGGACAAAGGCCGGUGAGCAGAGCCUACCAGGACUUCUCAAGGAGUAUGCCAUCAAAGUCAGAGAGCCUAGUCUCAAGCCGCUGUACCUGGUUGAUCUGCUCAACAGCAAGUACCUUCGUGCUAUCAACCAGGAUGAAACUGGAAUAGAGGACUCCUCUCCGGAAUCCGAAGCCAGUGAAUCAGAGUCUUCUUCAUCAGAGUCGGAGUCGGAGUCGGAAUCGGACUCUGGUUCUUCAUCCUCAUCCUCAUCCUCAUCCUCAUCCUCAUCGCCUUCAGUCUCAGACUCGAACGAGAUGCGGACAACACCGCCAGCCCCGACACAAUCGCGACUCUCAACAACAGUCCUGAUCUUCACCAAAUCCAACGAAGCCGCCCUCCGCCUCUCCCGCCUGCUCGCCCUCCUCGCGCCAGAGCUCGCUCCGCUGAUCGGCACCCUGACAUCCUCGACCAAGACGUCGCGCCGCACGCGCACCCUGCGCGCCUUUGCGCAGGGCAAGCUGCGCAUCCUCGUCGCGUCAGACCUGGUCUCGCGCGGCAUCGACCUUGUCAACCUGGAGCACGUCAUCAACUAUGACCUGCCCAUCAGCGAGACGUCGUACGUGCAUCGUGUCGGGCGGACGGCCCGCGCCGGGCGGCGGGGCUGCGCCUGGACGCUGCUCGAGCAUGCCGAGGCGCGGAGGUUCUGGCGGGACUUUGCCGGCGAGGGGAAGGGCGCUGUGACGAGUAUCAUUAGGGAGGGGAAGGUGGAGAGGAUCGCUUUGUGUGCGGCGGAGUUUGAUGAGGAAAGGGUGAAGGCGUAUGAGGAGGCGCUGGCUAGGCUGCAGAGGGAGGCUGCGGGUGAGGGGAGGAGGUAGGGAAGGUUUGCUUGGUGCAGGGGCAAUGUCAACAGCGUCAAUCAGGGGCAGUGGUCUAGUUCAAAAAAAUGGCAAUGUCAUCCUGAGAUUUGACAGAGUUUGUUCCCACUUCUGUCCGAUCGCACGUAUCUAUUCUUUAGUGUAACCUUUGGGCACCCUGGAUCUCACCUGCCCUACCACUCCUAUUUCGCU